UCUAAAGAAAGUUCAAAAUUCGGAGGUCUCUGUGGCGGGAAAUGGCGCUCUCAUCUGCAUUCAGAGAGAGGCUUGAACAGAUGGAACAUUCCAGAAACCAAAGGCUCUCUCUCCUUCAGGCCGAGAAAGAUCUACAAGCGAACAAAUCUCAGGUCUUAGCAGCGAAGUUCGCAAACAUCAGAGCAAUGGAACGGCGGUGCUUGGUGCUGGAGCAGAAGAUCGCGUCACAGAACUUUAAGAUCUCAGCUACCAGAUCCGAAAUUGAGAGCCUCGUUUCGAAAUAUAAUUUGGACUUGCAACAGCUUAGGGUUUUGAAGAGUGAGGUAUGUGAGCUCGAGGAGUUGGAGAAUGAGAAGGAGAGGUUUUAUGGCUUGAAGGAGUCUGAAAUGAAGGAGUUCAACGCACAAGUGGAGAGGUUUGUUUUGGAAUGUCGGAAGCAGGUGGAAGAAUUGAGAAACCGCCUAAAUGAGCUCAAGUUGCGUUUUAUGGAUCCUCAAGGCAAGAACAGAUAUUUGGAUAAUUUUCAGAUAGCUGCAGCUGAGAUGAGGAAGUCAGAGCUUUUAGCUGAGAAGGAGAAUUUGGAUAGAAGCUUGGCCACUAAUUACCAAAUAAGAGCGCAGUUACAAAAGCAGCUUCAGAAUAUAUUAAUUAUGCAAAACCAAAAGAGAAUGAAGCUAACACAGUUUCCUGACAGAAGCUCAAAUAGCAAGUCUUGAUGAUCUGAAGAGAAAUUGGGUAUGACAAUUAUUAUGUUGACUAAACAAGGUUGUUGGAGUUUUACCUUUGUAAAACGAUGCUGAGUUUCAAUAGUUACAUGAUUUUCACUUGCUGUAGUGAAAGAAAA